UGAAUGGGAGUGGAUGAACUUCACACAGACCAGUUUAUUAUGGCCAUUCGCCUAGAAAGACUAUAUUUAUAUCCCGAAUACGUGUUUUUCAUACCGUUUACACCUUACAGUGCUGCUCGGGGGUUCUAGGUCGGGUUCUAAAGAGCCUGAGAGCGAAUUCUGCCCGUGCUAAAGUGAAGUAGCUGGAUUAGCUAAGGUGGAUUAUAGCAGACCCACAGUUUAACUUCCUGUUUUGCAGCCCAAAACAUUCGGGAGGGAUUAGCUAGAACCCGUUUUCGUUCCCCGCGCGGUUCUCCGGUCUGCAUCGCCAGCCAGCUACUUUUUAACCGUCGAGACGUGUCGAGUUAGAUCGUUUUGGAUGGAUCUAAACUGGAAGAGAAGAGCAUGGAUAGCUCAGUGACCCUGUGGCAGUUCCUGCUGCAGCUCCUCCUGGACCCCAGCAACGACCAGCUCAUCUGCUGGACCAAUGAGGACGGGGAGUUCAAGCUGCUGCAGGCAGAGGAGGUGGCCAAGCUGUGGGGGGCUCGCAAGAACAAACCCAGCAUGAACUACGACAAACUGAGCCGGGCCCUGCGCUACUACUAUGACAAGAACAUCAUCAAGAAAGUGAAUGGCCAGAAGUUUGUUUACCGCUUUGUGUCGUACCCUGACAUCCUGAAAGGUGAUGUCUUGGCCAGAACUGAGGGGGCUGGUGAAGGUGUACCAGGAUGCGCAUCACUUGCACUGCCCGACAAAGCCACCAGCACCAUGAGGGAAAACAAGGACAGCAAAGCAGCAGGAGAAGGGGGCUCUGGAGCUCAAGGCCAGCCAAAACCCUCUAGUCGGAAUGACUAUAUCCACUCAGGUCUAUACACCUCCUUCACCCUGACCUCUCUGCAGUCAGGAACGCAGCUCUUCAAGUCCAUCAAGAUGGAAAAUCCUGGAGAAAAGCUGGCUGAGAAGAAAGCAGUCCAGGAGGCUCCACAGCCAUCUUCAGUCAUUAAAUUUGGGACUACUCCUCCAAGUAGACCUUUUCUGCAGACUGCAGAGAAGCCAGCCCUGUCGGUGUAUCCCCUCCAAGCGACACUCCAGAUGUCCGAGCCUGAAAACAAGCAGCCGACUGGCCAGCCUGUGGUAUACACACUUGAUUUGACCACUGCCACAGAGGCGGCUCCGGCGGCUCACCCUCUCUCAGGGAUUUCUCCUCCACUGCCCUGCCGCUCACCCUCCCCCAACACACUGACGGACUCUCAGGAGCUGGUCAUCGACACCGACAUCGAGUCCAUCUCCUCCCAGCCCUCCGAGCUUCAGCUGCAGGUCCAGCCCCCUUCUGUUUCCAGUGACACCAUCCAAACACCGGAGUCUGGAUGUUCCGAAUUGUCGCUGUCUCCAGCCCGCAGCCAGAGCGGCAAGUCGAGAAAGCCCAAAGUCCUUGAGCUGAGGCCAACACUGCUGGUGACCAGUUCAGACUUGAGCCCCCUCAACCUGUCCAGUCCUUCCCUGCCCACAGCCUCUCUCACCCCAGCCUUCCUGCAGACGCCCCUGCUGCUCACGCCCAGCCCUCUACUCUCCAACAUCCACUUCUGGAGCACGCUCAGUCCAGUCGCCCCUCUCAGCCCUGCCCGCAGGCAGGGGGCACACACCCUCUUUCAGUUCCCCUCCGUCCUGAGCUCCACCCAGAUAUCCGUACCAGUACACAGUCUAGACGGAACCAACACACCAGGUCCUCUCUCUCCAGACCCACAGAAGACCUAGAUAAAAGACUCCUUGUGUCGGUGGGCUUGCCUCUGCACAAACGUGCAUCAUCCCCAGUCCCUGUUUUUAUACAUUAAGUUGCAGAUGCAACCUCAGCCUGUUGACCAAAUUUGCCCCUCUUGUGGCAAAGAGGGCAAGUAUUCGAGAUAUUCGUUGCAGGUUAUGGGUUCUGCUCCUGGAACGUUCUCUUGUGUCUGGAGGCACAACGCAUAAAUAAAAAGAGAAACGCAGGCCUGUUGCCUGACAACAUCCUCUUUGCUCAAAUGGACAAGAGGUAAUCAGAGUGUAUGUAUCAGAUGAGCACAUUCUUCCCAAAGGAUUAUCAUUAACAUCUAUUGUUUUGGUUGCUUUUCUCUUUAUCAGCACUGAGAUUGGCUUUCAGCGAGUCACCGUACUGACUAUCUGUGCUAGUUUCGACACAAGAAACAUGGU